AUGACGCGAACUUUUUUGCCAUGCCUUAAAACACGAAAAGCUCAUGGUGUAGCAAUAUGUCUUGAUAAAACUGCCAUGAGAGUUUGGAAAGAUUCAGGAAGCGAAUGGGGACCGAUCAAUGAACAAAUUGUAAAAAUUCACUUGUAUUGUGUACCAAUUCAUAUCACUGUAAUAGCAGUAUAUGCUCCUGUAAAUCCACAAACGAAACAAAUGGGUGAUGAAUGUGAUAAAUUCUAUGCUGAUUUACAAGAUACAAUAAAUAAAGUGUCAUCAAAUGAUAUGCUUAUCAUAAUGGGUGAUCUAAAUGCCCGAGCUGGCAAAAGACAACAAAAACGACAUAAACACGAAAUAAGAAGUAGUAUCGGUCCAUUCACAGUAGACAUAGAAAAUGAAAAUGGAACAAGACUGGUCGACCUCUGUGAGAUAAACGAUAUCCUAUUAUCAAACACAUUUUUCAAACACAAAUUAGUGCAUCAAACAUCUUGGAUGCAUCCAAGAAAUAAGAUAUGGCAUACGGUUGAUUACACUCUUGUCAACAAAAAGUUCAGAUCGAGCGUCGAAGACGUUCGAAUGUUUAGAAGGGCAGCAGGUGUAAUAGGAACUGACCAUCACUUAAUGCGUGUCAAGAUUAGGAUGCAUCUGAAAAGCAGAAAGAUAAAUAUUAAUAAAAAAAAUAAAAGUUGAUAGUACUAAGCUAAAAGACGACAGACUACUAGAAGCUUGUCAAAAAGAUCUUUGUAACAUAUUCGAUGAUUCAAAGGAUGACACGAACGACAUUGAUAGGAAAUAUGGACUGCUGGCAUCACAAAUAAAAGAAAAGGUCAAGUGUCAUUUUUCAAUUGAUAAAAACACAAAUCGAAAAAGGAAAGAAUGGUUGACAACUCAUAUUUUAAAUAUUCUUGAUAAAAAAUCAGAAGCAUUCAUUGGAUGGCAGAAUAACCGUAGCUCGGAAUUAGAGUCUAAAUAUCAUAAAAAAUAUAAACGCCUACGUAAAAUAGCCAAAAGAAUGACUCAGCAUCGUCAAGAAGUAUAUUGGGACGAAGUAUGCGCGGAUAAGAAAGGUCUAUUAGGAACAACGAUUCCACUACGGCUUUUUCCAUCAUAAGACGUCUCAAAGGAGGAAGUAGGAGAGUAGAAAACUUACCAGUACAAGACAGAACUGGAAAACUACUUGUAAAUACAAAAGAUACGUUGAAACGUUGACGUGAAUUCUUCUCUAAAUCUCUCAACGUUUGUACAUUGGUUGAUCAAAACUUAAUUGAUCAAAUUCAAAUAUCAACUCUAUCAACAGCUGAAAAAAAUAGACAGAAUUCUAUACCCUCAAUUGCAGAGACGAGGAAAGCCAUACGCCAAAUGAAAUCUAGAAAAGCUCCAGGUAGUGAUGAAAUCACAAUUGAUAUGCUAAAAGCUGAAGGUGAGCCAAUGAUAAGAUCGCUUUUCAAUCUGUUCACUGAUAUAUGGGAAAAUGAACAGAUGCCGAAAGAAUGGAGCGUGGCAACUUUGAUCAAAUUAUAUAAAAAUAAAGGCGAUAAAAAAAUAUGUGACAAUUAUAGAGGCAUUGCCUUACUGAAUACAACAAGUAAAAUAUUGUCAAGAAUCAUACUUAACCGUAUUCAAGAUAUGAUAGAUUGUCAAUUACUAUAGAAAUACAAUCCGGUUUUCGACCGAACAGAUCAACUAUUGUUCAAAUAUUCGCUCUAAAAAUGACAAUGGAAAAACGAAGAGAAUUCAAUAAACCAUUAUUCAUGUGCUUUAUUGACAUUGCAAAGGCUUACGACUCGGUUGAUCGUGAACUCCUAUGAAAAGUAUGUCUUCGUUAUGGUAUUUCUCAAAAAUUGGUUAAUCUAUUAAAAAUGCUUUACGAAGACUCCAUAGCGAAGGUCAAAGUAAAUGAUGAAACGUCGGAUAGCUUUGGAAUAAAAACGGGUGUAAUGCAACGAGGUAUUCCAUCUCCAAUCAUAUUCAAUAUUCUUUUUGACUUUAUCAUAAAAAAGGUCAUCGACGUAGCUGCUAUCUCAGAUGUAAAAUUUUCAUAUGGCAGUAAUGAUUUCUUUCAUGGAAGAAACGAAAAACACCUUGAUUUUCAUCUCUUGGUACUUUUAUAUGCAGACGACAUAGUUGUAAUGUGUGAAAAUGCUACUGAUCUAGAAAAAUUCAUAAGAUCGUUUGAAAAAGUAACUCAAGCUUUCGGUUUGACUAUGAGCAUAAAAAAAACAUGCUUGAUGUCACUACAACAAUUUAAAGAGGAUCAACAUAGAAAAGUGCUGAAAAAACAGAAUAUCAGUCAGACAGAUAUUGAUAUAAAUAUAAGAAAUCAAAAAAUUGAAACAGUUGAUUCCUUCACAUAUCUUGCACUAUCACCAAUGAUCAACGACAAGAUACAGAAAUAUCAAUACGACUAUCAAAGGCUGCUAAAGCUUUUAAUAUGUUACGCCAUUCAGUAUGGCAUAGAAAGUCUGUUUAUAUUACAGCAAGACUUCGAAUAUAUAGAGCAUGUAUACUUCCAGUGUUAUUAUAUGGUAGUGAAACAUGGUCUCUAACAAAAAAACUAGAACAAAGUAUCGUCACCUUCUAUAACAGAUGGUAACGCACGAUUAUCGGUGUAAACUUUGGCGAUCGAAUGCCAAAUGAAACAUUAUUAGAUAUUACAGGACAGCCAAGAAUUGAAAACGUCAUACGUAGAAACAGAUUGAGGUGGUUCGGUCAUGUGAAUCGGGCUGUGAAUCAUGAUGGUCAUCCAACAUUGACUAAAAGCACAAUGUUUGCAUAUUUUCAUAAUGAAAAUAGGCCUUGUAAUAUGGGUAGAAGCAAUCGAUGGAAGGACAAAGUCCUAAAAGAUAUUGAAGAACUAAACAUAGAUAACUGGAGGAAGAUGACACUAGAUAUAAGUCGAUGGAGAGAAGCAAUAAAUCAAGACGUACACAUCAAACCGACACAUACAAACAUUAAAAAUAUUAUUCACGAAUAUAAACAGCAUGCAGCACGAAGAAGAAAAACAGAGGUAGCUGCAUCAACAGAAACAACAAAAGGCAAAGUAACAGAAAUAUUAGCCAAAGAAAACAAUCAAUACAAGUGCCCAGGCUGCAAGAAACACUUCAAACCACAAGGAAUCACAAAUCAUAUUAAAGCUUGUACAAGAGCAACAACGUGGUGCAAAAAGAACAACAUCAAUUAGAAACACGGUGAAGAUGAUUGCAAAGCUCCUACUAGGAUUGAUCUCGGAAUAGUAUGACGACUAUUAUUUAAACUGACACUAUCAGAGGGUAGUAGGCUGAUAGAUGUCCGACUUCAACACUUGUAUCGACUAACAUGGCUGUCGUCGUAUAAAGACAAAAAGACAUUAUUUCCUUUUUUUUUCUUUUCUCUUUUUUUUUUCACUUUGCUAAUCCUUUUGUGUGUUUUGUACCUUGUAUCAUAAUCUCACCCCACACCGAAAACGGUAAGGGUCUAUAAAUAUAACCAUUAGAAUUAAUUAAUUUCUUUAUAGUAUAUUUACGUUAUAUGAAGAAUGUCCUUAUUGAAAAAUUACGAUCUAAAAUAUUAAAUUUUUAUUGCUUUCCAUUCGAUUGAGGCUCAUGACGAAUUCUGUUAUUGCUCUCUAAAAAAAAUCUCGUUUUCUAGAAAACCUAAACCGCUUCGGAAACCCUCAUGCCAAUCUUUAGAGAUUUCAGAGAGGGUUUCCUAGAAUUUGAAGCGUUUUCAAGAAUAUCGUUUUGGUUUCCAAGAUCUAAAAAACCCUCAGUUUUUCUGCAAUAUCGAUUCCGAUGCCAUUAAGGUAUUCUGAAAUCUCUUUUUCUUGAUGUUGGAAACCUACUCGUAUUCUCAGAACUCAUUAGGAUAUUGUAGGAAACUAAUCUUCCAAGAAAACCGAGUUGGUAUCCAAAUGAAUAUGCCAGAAAACCUUUUCGAUUUCCGAAGUCUUUCCUUGCAAACCUUCUCGGUUUCCGAAUUUUUCGAAUUUGUAAAAGGUUGUGACAGUCUAAAAAAUCUUGAAUGCUUCACAAGACCGACCAUGAUCUGAGUUCAAAAUAUCUCAGAAGAACGUUUUUGAUCGUCAAACUGGACCGAUCAAAAAUUGGACUGCGGAAAAAUAAGAUUCUUUAUUUCAACUCCGUUCUCAAUUCUGAUGAAAGUUCGCAACAGGUUAUCGAGGUCCGGUAAUCCGAAUCCGCUAUCAUUUUUUCGAUCCGACCUUCGAUUUGUCAGAAAGUGGGGCGAUGAAAAACAAGAUUUUUUAUCGUUACACUGGAAUUGAUUUCAAAAGAUUCUUAUAGGCAUGGCUUGAACAUAUAUUAACAUUUCAUAAUACCGUACUAUUUUUUAUAGCAGAAUAAUUUAAUAAUUAAGGCCGAGGUGGAUGUAGAUGCUUUCCUUUCUUUAUAACUUUUAGUUGAAAUAUGCGUUUACUUAAAAUUAUUUUACAAUCAAAAACUGUCUCUUACACUUACAAUUCGGGAGAGAUUUCAGUCGCUAUUCAGGGCUAAAAUUAAUCGAUCGGGCUUAUCGAUAUCAGUAUCUACAGAAAAUACUUCUGCUUUAUUCCGUCCAAGGUCAGGUGAGUCGAAGCCACAAUCGCUACUUGUUAUAUUUCUGUUUAGAUCAAACAUCCCAUGCCGAUCGUUCCGUCCAUCGAAAGCUGGAGGAACUGGCAGAAAAGAUGCCUGAAAGUCGCCGUAUUGUGUAGGAAAGCACAUGGUGUCACUGCAACAUGGAAGCGGUAUCCUGGUCGCAAAGUUUCUGGAUUUUUUCUGAUGAGUUCCUACCAACUUGCUGUGUCUUUCGGCAAGAUGCGCCGGAAAUCAUGGAAAAAAAUUGGGAAAGUUUGCCGUCGGAAUACUGCUUCGAUGUUCCAGGGAUAUCGUGUGUUUUCCUACAGGAUACGGUGAUUCUCAGGAAUCUUUUCUGCCGGUUUCUACAGAACCCGGUUCUUUUUUUAAAGAACGGAUGUGUUUCGCAUUGGAUAGUGGUGGAAAACUACUUUCGUAAUGGAGCAUAGCACCCGGAGAAACCUUUGUUCAGUGUUGCGUGGUGAAUUAUACAAAACCCCAAGUACGAAACCCUUGUUAUUAGCUAUUAAAAGUUAAGGCUUUUUACGAAACCUUAAAAAAGAGAGGAUCCAUGAGACCACCACCCAACCCGGUUGCCGAAAAAUUUUAAAAGUUGAAAUCGAUUAUCACGUUUGAAAGAGCACAAAAAGUUAGCCCUUAGAAGCUAGGUUAAAUGGUGAUAUGAGGGACCAACUUUUCGGAGGCUAGUGACAAGGGUCGAUUUUUUUGUGUAUCGAUUUUUUUUAGUGCAGAAACUUCACUGGAAAUAAUACUGUUGUAUACCAAUCGACAGAGCAAAGCUUUCUCCACAAAACCUUAUAAUUGGUAGUUCUCUUCGUGCCACCUAUCAGGUCUAAAUAAUCGAUGUAUCAUAAAAAACCGCCAACUUUUAUGGUCACUCAUAAUUCUUCUGGACUUUAUUUCCUCGCUAUCUUUUGAGAGUCUAGAGUAGACUUUAGAUAAUAUUGUAGAGCAUGAAAUGACGCAUCUUUUCAUAUAAAAAUAUCUGCUUCAAAGUACUCGCAAAGUUUCUAAAAAUCGAUAAGAAGAUUGUCCACUCACAC